AUGGUGGGCUUGGUCUCAGCUGCUGGCUUGGUGGGCUUCUUGUCCGAGGAUGAUCCAGAGUUGAGAAGUUUCGCCCUCAAGCAGCUCGAUAGCCAGGUUGAUUUGUUAUGGACAGAGAUUGCCAAUUCAGUCGGUGAUAUUGAAGCCCUCUAUGAAGACGAUUCUUUUCCGGAGCGCGAGCUCGCUGCCAUCCUCGCCUCCAAAGUGUAUUAUCAUCUCGAAGAAUAUAAUGAGAGCAUGGCAUUCGCCCUGGGUGCGGGAAAGUAUCUCAAGUUGGACAAUGCUGGCGAAUUCGAGGACACAAUCAUCUCGAAAUGUGUAGACACCUACAUCGCCCUCUCUGCAAGCCAUGAUGCUACCCUUGCCGCUACCACCGCUACUAGUCAGCCUCAAUUAGACACUGCCUUCGGUCAAGGCGGAGAUGGCGCUGCGAGCAUGUCUGCCAGCCUGACGUCUCCGGUUACUCCCUUUUCACAGUCUGUUCUUCCGUCAAAAUCCCUACUAUCGAGGCAGAAUACCGUCACCUUCGAUCCCACCCAAGCAGGUGGCGAAGCUGCCUUAGAUGACUCGUCGCUCAUCAUUCAGCAGCGAGGUCUUCAAAAGCCUUUAAACCGUGUCGUCGAGACUCUCUUUGAGAAAUGCUUCCAAGAAAAGCGUUAUCGCCAAGUCGUCGGCAUCGCCCUUGAAGCCCGCAAUCUUGACAUCCUUCGAAGAGUCAUCAAGCGAGCUGCAGACGAUGAGCGAAAAGAGAAUGGUGAGGCCACAAAAGCUGGUGAAGAACUGAUGGAAUAUGUCUUGGAUAUAUGCAUGAGCGUCGUUCAAGAACGCGCAUUGCGAAACGAGAUCCUCAAGCUCAUUCUAGAACUUCUCAACGAGAUCCCUUCGCCUGAUUAUUUCGCCAUUGCCAAAUGCGUGGUAUACCUGGAUCAGCAUUCUCUAGCUUCGAAUAUCUUGCGCCAACUUGUCGAGAAAGGUGACGCUCGAUCACUGGCCGUUGCAUAUCAGAUAUCCUUUGAUCUCUACGACAACAGCACUCAAGAGUUCCUUCGCAAGGUCCGUGAAGAAUUGGUAGAGCUUUUACCCAAUGAAGAAGCAUCUGGCUCAGAAACAACCAACCAGGACCCUGAAAGCAUGGAAGAAGAAAGCGGAAACAAGGCCGAAGAUCAACUGCAACAAGAGUUGCAAGAUUCCGCCGGUGCCCCUGCGCCCUCACGUCCGAAGAUAACGAAGCCCGAGCAGCAGGAAGCCGUACGCUCUAUCAGGGAUAUUCUGGAUGGCCUCAAAUCAAUACACCUGAACAUCGAGUUCCUGCAUAAAUCCAACCGUGUCGAUCUAUCUAUUCUCAAUAAGAUCAAGGACAGCUUGGAAGCCCGAUACUCCAUUUAUCAUACUGCUGUCAGCUUGUCAACAGGCUUCAUGCAUGCCAAAACUGCAAACGACAGCUUCUUCAGAGAUAACCUAGAGUGGUUGGGCAAGGCUGUCAACUGGUCCAAAUUUACCGCAACAGCUGCCCUUGGCGUCAUUCAUCAGGGCAAUAUCAACCAGGCUCAGAGAUUGCUGAGCCCUUAUUUGCCUCGAUCUACCGCGGGCGUUGGUGCUUCAACGGGCUCUGUUUAUAGCCAAGGUGGUUCACUCUAUGCCUACGGGCUGAUCUGUGCCAAUCACAAAGGCAAGGCAGUCGAUUUCUUGCGCACCAAGUUCCGGGAAGCUACCGAAGAGGUUGUUCAACAUGGUGGUGCCCUGGGUCUCGGUGUAGCUGGUAUGGCUUCGGGAGACGAGAACGUGUUUGAAGAGCUGAGAAACGUUCUGUGGGCCGACUCUGCCAUCAACGGCGAAGCAGUUGGUCUCUCUAUGGGACUUGUCAUGCUUGGCUCCGGGAACACCAAAGUACUGUCUGAUAUGAUCCAGCAUGCCCAUGACACCCAGCAUGAAAAGAUUGUUCGCGGUCUCGCCAUCGGUAUGGCUCUAAUCAUGUACGGACGGCAAGAAGGUGCCGAUGAGCUCAUUCAGGGGCUAUUGAAUGAGACCGAUCCUACGCUGAGAUAUGGUGGCAUUCUGACAAUUGCUCUGGCCUAUGUAGGCACAGGCAGCAACAAGGCUGUUCGAAAGCUCCUUCAUGUGGCGGUCAGCGAUGUCAGCGAUGAUGUUCGCCGCAUUGCCGUUCUAUCUCUGGGAUUCAUUCUCUUCCGGAAGCACACCAGCGUACCCAGAAUGGUUGAGCUGUUGGCUGAGUCUUACAAUCCCCACGUCAGAUAUGGUGCUGCCAUGGCACUUGGUAUCUCUUGUGCUGGGACCGGUCUUGCCGAAGCUAUCGACUUGCUUGAACCAAUGCUCAAGGAUCCAACAGAUUUCGUCCGUCAAGGUGCAUUGAUUGCCCUGGCCAUGGUCCUUGUUCAACAGAAUGAAGCUCUCAAUCCCAAAGUUGUCACAAUACGCAAACAAAUGCUGAAGAUUAUUGGCGACCGACACGAGGACGCCAUGUGCAAGUUUGGUUGCGCACUCGCCAUGGGUAUCAUCGAUGCUGGUGGCCGAAACUGCACCAUAAGUUUGCAGACACAAACUGGCAACCUGAACAUGCCUGGUAUCGUUGGAAUUGCCGUUUUCACGCAGUACUGGUAUUGGUUCCCUCUUUCACAUUUCUUCUCGUUGUCGCUGGCACCUACUUCCAUCAUUGCUGUGGAUCAAAAACUUGAAGCCCCUGUCUUCAAAUUCCAUAGCAACACUCGGCCUAGUUUGUUCGAUUAUCCUCCCGAACAAACGUCUAAGGCAGACGAGGCGCCGGAGAAAAUAAAGACGGCUGUUCUGAGUACUACUGCUCAGGCCAAGCGAAGAGCCGCUCGCAAGGAGAAGCAACAACGACGUGAUAGCAUGGAUGUUGAUACCGUCACUCCAGUCACUCCCAAGAUUGAAAAGGCAGACAAAAUGGACACAGACGAUGCGACCAUAAAAGAUGACGAAGGCAAGGAAAAUGGAAAAAAAGAAAGCGAAGGAGCCGAGGUGAAGAAGAGAGCAGAGAAGGAGAAGGUCGGUUACGAAGUCGACAACAUGUCGAGGGUACUGCCUGCUCAGCUGAAGUACUUGUCUUUCCCUGAUCAACGGUAUCAACCUGUCAAGCGACCGAUUACUGGUGGCAUUAUCCUCGUUCUCGACACUGAACCCGAGAAAGAACGGGAAACCAUUCCUUUGACAGUCAGCAAAGUCGAGGUUGUUGGUGCUGCACCCGACCCGGCACAGGCUGGCGAUGCAGCCCAUCGUGGACCACAGACGCCGGCUGGUCAGACGAUUGGCCAAGCCGAUCUUGGUUUUACAGCAGGUGCUGGGGCAGCUGCCGCGGCAGGCGUUUUGACAGCCGUCGACGAGGAUGAGGAGGGUGCAGAAGAGGCACCGGUGCCAGGAGAGUUCGAAUACGAGACAGAUGCCGAAGAGGACAAGACGGAGGAGGCCUAG